AUGAUUAGUAAAGGCGACAAAGCAGUGUGUGUUUUAUAUUCUGGAACAGUGGUAUGUAGAACAUCGUCUGUAAAACGGCAUUUUGAAACAAAUCACAAAUUCGUUAGUCAAAAAAGCGAACCAGAGCAAAAGGAAUUAAUUGCAAGUGCAAUGAGAGACAGAAAUAAACAGUCCACUUCUAUGAUUAAAUAUGUUGGCAAAAAUUGUCCUACGAGUGCGGCAAGUUACUCGGCUGCAAAUAUCAUUACUCGGCAUAGUAAACCUUUUCAAGAGGGAGAGUUUUUGAAGGAAGCCUGGUUAGCAUGCUCGCCCUCACUUUUUGAUGAUUUCGAUAACAAAGAUAAGAUAAUUCAGGGCAUCAAAGAUACCCCUCUAUCUAGAAAUAUAAUAAAAGAAAGAAAAUUAAAAUUGGCCGGAAAUUUAACAGAUCAACAACAAAUUGACAUUAACUCCUCUCUUUUUAUAUCGCUAUGUCUUGUCGAAAAUACUGACAUCACUAAAUCUGCACGUUUAGCUGUUAUUGCUCGAUAUUGUGUAGGAAACGUCAUUAAGGAAGAAUUAAUUGCGAUAACAUUGUUGCUAACAACUACAAAGGGCACAGAUAUUUGUACGACUGUUAAAAAUUCACUUAUUGAGAAAGACACUGAUUUGAAAAAAAUUGUUUCGGUAACAACUGAUGGUGCUCCAAGUAUGGUGGGCAAAAAAAAUGGUUUCAUAAGUUUAUCUCAAACAUACGUAGGGCACAAGAUUCUUGAAUUCCACUGCCUCAUUCACCAACAAGCCUUGUGUGCUAAGAGUGGCUUAACAUCUCUUGAUGAUGUAAUGACGGUAGUCACAAAAAUAGUCAACCUCAUUUCCUCACAAGCUUUAAAUAAGCGAAAGUUUGAUGCUCUGUUGGAUGAAGUAAACUCGGUGUAUAAUGGCUUACUGAUGUAUAAUAAUGUUCGCAGGCUGAGCCGCGGGAACGUACUUCAAAUAUUUGUUGAUUGCUUGGAAGAAAUCAGACUGUUUCUGCAAAAUGAGAGGAAAAUUGAACAAUACCGACAGUUGGAUGUUAUGUGGCUUUCAAAAUUGAUGUUUUUUACAGAUGUAUGCCAACGUUUCAAUGAAUUGAAUGUGAAGCUUCAAGGCACAAGUAAAACGAUUAUCGUCAUGAUAGAUCUCAUUCGUGCUUUUGAUGCUAAACUGCAUGUUUUCAGGAACGAUAUUAUUACGAGAAACUACAAGCAUUUUCCAAACUUGAAAGUAUCAACGGUUUAG